UAUCUGAGAUCUUUUCACAAGACCAUUUCGCUUCCUUUAUCCUGGUUUCCCACUACUACAACUCCAGCUUUUCAGCUGUGUUCAACAUUUUGGGAGGCAGUAGGGAUAUGUGAAAGUAAUGGUGUUAGGAUUCACGCUGUGGUUGCUGAUGGCGCUUCCACCAACAGAAAGUUUUUUGAAUUGCUGGCAGGAAAAUUUUCCUCUGAUACUAAGGAAUUUUAUGGUUGUAUCAACUCAUAUGAUACCUCUCGGAAAAUAUUAAUAUUUUCGGAUUUUUGUCAUUUACUGAAGGCAAAUUGCAUUAAAAAAUAUUGUGAAAUUUAGUGGUUCAUAGGACUAUCUAAUUACAGACAACUCGUAAUGGGCUUUAUAUAGCUCAAAGCCGAGCGGAACGAAAUACUUUAAUAAAAGUGGCAAAGACAUCUUAUGGUCCCAUAUAGUUUCGUUGUACAAUUUGGAUAAUGCAACCCUAUUAAGUAAAACCAGAUUGUCUAACCUGCACAUGUUAUUAAAUUCUUACAAGGUAGUAAGUGCUGCUAUCAAUGAAGAGUAAAUUGCAUAAUGUGCUCCGCAACUUCCAGAUGAAAGUUGACAUUGCUCGACAGACAUUGAACCACAAUGUGGCAUGUGCUUUGGAAGAUAUUGAAGGGGCUGAUGGCACGGCGGAGUUUAAACAAUUGUUUCACAAGUAUGUUAUCAUUUAAUAAAAUAUUUAUUAAUAAUUAACUCAAUCAUUGUAACUCCGAUGGUUUACCAUAAUAAACAGCAAGCGCCCCAUAACGGAUUUGAAGGAAGAAAAUCUGUUGUGGCUGAAAGACCACUUUAUUCCUUAUCUGAUGGAAUGGAGGGUAAUAGUAGUUAUUUAUUUAGAUUUUAUAUUUUUUUAUUUAGAUUACAACCUAAUUUUUGUAGAGCGAGGUGACAAACAUGCACCCCGGAGAAGAGAAGCGUAUUCUUGCAAAGCAAACGUUUGAAGGACUUCUCUUCAGCACCAACAACAUUUUACCUUUAACAAAGCAGUUGUUGCACUAUAUUGAUGGUGUUCCACUUGGCAACCUCACACAAGAUUGCUUCGAAGCCAUGUUUGGCAAUCUGAGACAAUACAUGCAUCGGAAUACAAAUCCUGAUAUAUCACAAGUUGGAUACGGAAUAAAUGCUCUUUCAAAGAGAAGAAUAUUUGCUAAAAUUAAAGGUGGCAACACCACUGGUUCACAUGGUGCAAUUAAUGCAUGGACGAAAGUUUGUAAUGAUCCUAUGGGUAAAAGAAAGAAAAAACAUAAACACAUAAACAUUCAUUUUGAUAUAGUGGGGUGGGGAAAAUUGGGACAUAAAAUCAAUAAAUAUAAUAUAUACAUGACUAUGAUGACAGUAGAAAUUAUUGAAUUACACAUCUAA